UCUAGGGCUUGUUUGUGUGAGCUUCGAAUUCAAUGGACGACAUGGCUGCAUACUACUCACAGCCCCAACCGUCGGGCCUUCUCACUUACCAGUAUUAUCAACCGCCUCCGCCGCCGCAACCGCCCAUGUUGGCGGUGGUGCCACCGCCUCCCGGCACGGCUCUCCCGGCGGUGCACCACCUGCAUCCGCAGUAUGUGACUCACCAUCAGCAACAACCGAUGUUCGCUUCUUACGCUCCUCCUCAAUCAUCCACCAACGAGGUUCGCACUCUCUUCGUCGCCGGUCUUCCCGAAGACGUUAAGCCCCGUGAAAUCUACAAUUUGUUCCGCGAAUUUCCCGGUUACGAGUCGUCACAUCUUCGGAGCCCCACCAAUUCGUCGCAGCCUUUUGCUUUUGCUGUGUUCUCGAGUCAGCAAUCAGCAAUCAUGGCAAUGCAUGCUCUCAAUGGGAUGGUGUUUGAUCUUGAAAAGGCCUCUACUCUUUAUAUUGAUCUUGCAAAAUCAAAUUCUAGAUCUAAGCGGACAAGGAUAGAUGAUGAAAGAGCUGGGUCGGAUAAGAAAGCUAGAGGCCCUACACCGACAUGGGCUACUCCUGAUUCCGCAGGUGUUAGCAGCAUUCACAUGCCUGGAAUGGGUAAUCCUGCUUUCAACACGAACACGUUUGGUUAUCCAUCUCCACAAAGUCUUGGCAAUGCUGAUGGGAGUGCUGUGAGUGACAGUCUAUUUGCAAAUCUGAAGAAGUGUUCAACACCAUAUGUUCCACAAAAUGCAACCCCAUGUGCUACUUUAUUUGUUGCUAAUCUUGGGCCAUCUUGCAAUGAACAAGAGCUAAUGCAAGUAUUUUCUAGAUACCCUGGAUUUCUGAAAUUGAAGAUGCAGAGCACGUAUGGAGCUCCAGUUGCAUUUGUUGAUUUCCAGGAUGUUACUAGUUCAACCGACGCUCUAAACAGUCUGCAAGGCACCAUUCUUCACUCCUCCCAGGCUGGUGAGGGAAUGCGUUUAGAAUAUGCUAAAUCGCGGAUGGGCAUGCGGAAGAAGCCGAAAUAACUUACAUGCUAGAAAAUAGAUAAUAAAAAAAGGUGGAAAACACUAGGAGAAUCACUCAUGACUCCUUCGGGUACGCUAUGAAUUGUUAUUUGCAGGUACAAUAUAAUGAAAGCUCGGCUGCCUUCGUCCAAAAUUGGCAAAAUUUAAUAUGGAGUAUUUAAAAAUACAUAAUUGAGCAGAAGUUAAAUGCUUGCUCUUUUAACAGUUGCACAUUGGUAACGUUCUCUUGUAUUUAUCCACUGUAAAUUUAUAUAAAUGUUACCUUUUACGCAUUUUGAAAAUUUUAUAAAUAUCACUAUAAAUUUUAGUUU